UCGUGUACAAGUAGACAGUGGCCGAAGCUUGAGAUGGCUAGUUUCUAGUACAUAGUGCAAAGGUACUGUUAACCUCGUUCCCGGACCGGUUAUUGUUUACGCCUACAUAGUAUCGUCAUAGAUAUUAAUUCACCUCCAAUGAACACCUCCACACCUCCACACCUCCAAAGCCGUAUCAAUAUAUAUUAUACCACCACUUGCAAUAUUUGUUUUAAUGUAAAAGCCACAUCUCUCCCAACCCAACCAAACCAAACUAAAUAAAUUGAACAUGUCAACAAUAACCCUGAUCAUCUCUCCCUACCACACCGGCCUCCACGCCCACCGUGUUGGCAAAGGCCCGCACCACAUCCUCUCGCAAAACCUCCUCCCACAGCUCACCUCUCUCGGUCUAACCAUCGAGACCCACGAGAUCGCUCGCGUCGACGACUUCGAGGGCGAAAUUGGUCGCAGUUUCGAGGUUAUGCGUCGGACCUCUGUUGCUGUCACUGAGGCCGUGGAACGGGGCAGCUGGCCGUUGGUGCUGUCCGGGAAUUGUAUGGCUAGUGUUGCUGUUGCUUGUGGGUUGGAGAAGGUGCAGGUGCAGGAACAGAAGAAAGGGAACGAGGGGAAAUUGGGGUUUAUUUACUUCGAUUCGCAUGAUGAUCUUGAUUCACCCGAUGUCAAUGAGAAUGGGUACUUCGAUGCGAUGGGUCUUUCUAUGCUGCGCGGGGAAAGCUGGAAGAAACUCAUGGGUACGGUUCCGGGGUAUGACCCGUCCAAUCCAUUCGACUACCGCUCGAGCCAGAACCGAUUCUUGUACGUUGGCUUGCGUGAUCAAUCCGAGCUACAGCGGGAACGGGUUGUUGAGGCGGGUAUGGAUUCGAUUUGGGGCGGGAACCUGAACCCGCGAACGGACUUGAUUUGGAUGUUCUUGAUGCUGGGAUCUACGGCAAGGUAAAUGACUAUCCGUCCGAGGGGGGACUGUUGGAGGGGGACCUGGU